CAUCCUGGGUACAGCUGGAUUGAUCUGCAUGACAAGGUGCAUGUCUUCAUCUCAGGGGAUACCUCGCAUCCCCUUAUCCAGGAGAUUUUUUCAGUCCUAAAAGGUUUCGACAUGUCAUGCCGAGAUUGGAGCUAGACGGUCCGAAGCUGCACAAUUCAAGAAACGUGGAGCUGAGCAAAGAAACUCAAUUCUCAUCACAGUAUUUGUCUGCCCACGAUCUAGUUCUAGAGAGAAUGGAUUGCAACGAAGAACAGAGCUUGUGGCCUUAUUGGCCAAGUGAUUGGCUUGAUAAUUUCCUGCUUGAGGAAGAAGCACUCUUCUCCAAUCUACCCUUCCCGAGCUUCUGUUGCGAACCAUUAUGCUCUACUGGCUCCGCCGUUAGGCAGAGUAGCACUCUUCAAGAGUUUGAUACAAACUUUGAGGAUGAUGUACAGAGGUAUUGGGAUGAUGACGGCAGAAAAGGGAGCGAGAAGGAGUUACCACUACUGUGUUACAGUGAGGAGAACGGAGCGGCAUCAAACACGAUGACAGCAGUCCCUGUUAGACCAGAAAAGGUGUUGACAUUCGAGCUUGUGUCACAGCACUUCUACCUGCCAAUCACGCAGGCAGCUCGAGAGCUGAAUGUCGGGCUCACCGUCCUGAAGAAGAGGUGCAGAGAGCUUGGGAUUCCCAGGUGGCCGCAUCGCAAGAUGAAGAGUUUGCGGGCCCUCAUCAACAAUGUCGAGGCUUUGCAGGAGGCAGGCAAAGCGAACGACGAGGAGCAGCUGAGGGCGAUGGUGGAGAUGCUGGAGCAGGAGAGGAAGCUCCUGGAGCAGAAGCCAUGUGUUGAGCUCAAGGAUAAGACGAAGAGGCUUAGGCAGGCCUGCUUCAAGGCCAACUACAAAAAGAGGCGGGUCUUGGCUCUUGGAGCUGGGGAGGCAUCGAAGUAGUGUUGAUGCAGAGCAUCUGUGCUUAUGACAGGAUAUAUAUCGUUCAAGUAUUUCUUCCAUGUUUUAUCGUAGCAGUCUAGCGUGUCCUACUCCUAUCUCCUA